AUGAACAAAAAGAGGGUUAUAAAGGAAAGAGCCAAGAAGGAACAGACCCUGAGUGCCAAGGAGAGAUCAAGGAUUCAUAGGGAGAGGAAGAAGAAGUAUUAUGAUGACCUGGAGAGGAGGGUGCAUGAGUUGGAAGAGGAGAAUAGAAAGUUGAAGGAAAGAAUAAAGAUGAUUGCUUCAAAUACUUCUCCAAAAAUUGAUCCUCUGUCUCAACUUCACCAGGAGGAAAAUUUCAUGUACCGGGUGCUUCCGAAGGUAAUCUCUCAAAAUCCAGACCAGUUCAGGAUGUCCAUGUAUGAGACAGGUCGUGAUAUAGAGGGGCCCAACGGAUCUUUAAGAGUCAAGGUUAUUAAGGAUGCGUUUAGAAAAAUAAUUGAUAACUGAAUGUCGCCGCAUAUGAAGUUCCCUCUAGCAGCCUUCACCCAUAUUGAACCGAAGAAGGUCUACAGCACUUUGAAAGAUAUAGCUAGAAAUAAUAGAGUCCCUUAUAAGUAUUACCGUGCUGAUAACGAAAAUCAAGGCCAAGGAGAAAUGCAAUCUAGUCAUCUGGGAGAGAAAGUAUCAGCCCACCGCUAUUUCAUGGAGUCUUUAUUAUAUAAAUAUCCGUUUUCAGAGAGAAUGGUUGACUGCUGGAUUUAUAUUUCACCUAGAACAAAGAAGUUCUGAUUCACAAUGAGAAAGUUAGUAAAAAAUCUAGUCAAGGUUCGAAAUCAAAUGUUAAAUGCAAUGAAAGAAAUUCACAAAUGAUUCUUUGAAGCAAAAAUGUACGAGAGUUAUACUAAGCAAGAUUUGGUGAAUAUUCACUUACUCAGCAACGAUCUGAAAGGGAGCGAAGUUAUUGAUCCUUUGCACUUGUUCCAGCUUUCUCCUAAAUCCCCAGAUACCGAGGACUACAAAAACGAUGAAAUCUCCUGAACAGAGGAUUAAUCUCCCCUAUAAAAGACUUUGACUCAAUAA